AUGGACGUUCAAGUACCCGUCGAAGAAGACGAGCUAGCUACCUUCCGCCAGAGAUGGCAGCAGGAGCUGCACAAGGAAAAGCCCGUCCCCACCACUCUUCCUUCAACCACAAGCAGCACUUCCAGCAAUUCACCCGCACGCCAGGUCACAGCAGCAGCCUCACCCGCCAGUCCGAGCAAACAACCUGCGGCGACGACAGCUGCUCACAGGCAGCCGCUGGCACAACUUCAGCCGAAAGUCGGUCAGUCUCCAGCAGCAGCGGAGCGACAGCUCGUGAAGACCGACAAUGAAGCCGCGCGUCCUACUCCAACCGGCGGACUCGCAGGUGCUGACGGCUCACACUCGGAACGAGGACUGGCGGCUUAUGUGGAAGCAACCAAGCACGAAAGGAUGGGUGAUUUAUCCGCGGCCAUGAAGAAGUAUCGUGAGGCGCAUAGACUGGACCCGGAAGUCGAGAAGAAAUAUCGAGCGAUCUUGCAGCAACCAUCGCAUCCCUUUCACAAGCAGCAGAAAGCGCUACCGGACCCGAACGCCAGUCUUUACACGUACUAUGAUUUCCAUGAGGUCGCUCAUGCCGAUGACAGCAAAUCAUCUCAGAGCGAUUCAGGCACUUUGGCGAAAGCCCUGCAAAGGAUGGACAUACAAUUCAUUCCGCAUAACGAAAAUAGGAAAUCACCUUUUCACCGUCUACCGUCCGAGGUCGUUUCGCAUAUCAUCCAAUGGGCGAUCCUUCUGCAGGGACAAAGCAUCUCAUGCUCCCUUUCCUUGGUGUCAAAGAAAAUGUGCGUUCUGGUUGCUGAACAGAGCGUGUGGCGGGCCGUGUGUGAGAAGGUCCAUGGACCUUUGGCGAACCCCGAUAUCCCGUUGUCUAGCGAACUGCCCCUCUACAGAGACUCUUGGAUGGACAUGUGGCUGGACCGCCCUCGGAUAAGGCGAGAUGGCGUAUAUAUCUCUCGGAUGAACUAUGUCCGACAAGGGGAAGGUCAGGGUUUUUACGCACCAGUCCACCUUGUUACCUACUACCGGUAUCUCCGCUUCCAUCGCGAUCGAGUGUCGUUCUGGACAACGACAGUUGACCCGGCUGCUGCCUUGAAGAUUCUAGCUGCCGAUGAGGUCAAACAAAAAGGAUAUAUGCUCGGAGAAUAUACUCUGGAGGGGAAAGAUGUUUUCCUGCAUAUGCGAAGUAGUGAAAGAGUGGGCACGUUUAGAGCUCACUUGACGCUCACGCAAAGCCGCCGGGGCAGGCAGAACAAACUCGUGUGGGUGGCAUACUGGCAGGAAAAGACUGGGGGUUUCAAGAGCGAAAUCCCGACAAAGACGCUGCGAUCGUUCAUAUUCUCGAAGGUCAACUCAUACCCAAGGAGUUUGAUUUGA